CGAGUCCGGCCGCGGGGGCUGGGAGCUUCCGCGCCCCUGGGGGCUCAGGCCGCCUUAGUCGCACUGGGGGAAGUGCUGGGCUGUUAUUUUGGAAGGGCUCCCGGUCUCUCUGUUAUGAGAUUAGACCUAGCGACUCCCCCUCGGGAACGGGAGGGCGGCCGGGUCCUAGUGCCCGCUAGAUCCCGGGGCCCGGGGCUGUGGGCGGAGGCAGCGGCCCUAGCUAAGCGCGACCUCGCCGCCUGAAGCCUCCGCGGGGCGCCGAUGGCCGGACGCAUCCUGGGGAAGACUUUAGCCACGGUGUCCCUCUCUGUGGCCUUUGCCUCUGUGGCUGUCAAGUCCUUGGGCUUCUGCAGCGUCCCCGAGUGCAGAAACUCAUUUUCAUCCUGUGGAUUUCAUCUUAACUCCAACGUGAUGUCUGGUUCUAAUGGUGUCAAAGGGAAUUCCCACAACAAGGCUCGGACAUCUCCUUACCCAGGUUCAAAAGUUCAGCGCAGCCAGGUUCCUAAUGAGAAAGUAGGCUGGCUUGUUGAGUGGCAAGACUAUAAUCCUGUGGAAUACACUGCAGUUUCUGUCUUGGCUGGACCUAGGUGGGCAGAUCCUCAGAUCAGUGAAAGUAACUUUUCUCCCAAGUUUAAUGAAAAAGACGGGCAUGUUGAGAGAAAGAGCCAGAAUGGCCGGUAUGAGAUUGAAAACGGAAGACCUAGAAAUCCUGCGGGACGGACAGGUUUGGUUGGCAGAGGGCUUUUGGGGCGAUGGGGCCCAAAUCAUGCCGCAGAUCCCAUCAUAACCAGAUGGAAAAGGGAUAGAAGUGGAAAUAAAAUCACCCACCCCAUUUCUGGGAAAAACAUCUUACAGUUUGUUGCAAUCAAAAGGAAAGACUGCGGAGAAUGGGCAAUCCCAGGGGGGAUGGUGGAUCCAGGAGAGAAGAUUAGUGCUACACUGAAAAGAGAAUUUGGUGAGGAAGCUCUCAACUCCUUACAGAAAUCCAGUGCUGAAAAAAGAAAAUUAGAGGAACAGUUACAUAAACUCUUCAGCCAGGAACAUCUAGUGAUAUAUAAAGGAUAUGUUGAUGAUCCUCGAAACACUGAUAAUGCAUGGAUGGAGACAGAAGCUGUGAACUACCAUGAUGAAACAGGUGAGAUAAUGGAUAACCUCACCCUCGAAGCUGGAGAUGAUGCUGGAAAAGUGAAGUGGGUGGACAUCAGUGAUAAACUCAAGCUUUAUGCUAGUCACUCUCAGUUCAUCAAACUUGUGGCAGAGAAACGAGACGCACACUGGAGUGAGGACUCUGAAACUGACUGCCGUGGGUUAUAGCUCACAACCUCAUCUAAGCCAGAAGCCAACAAAGGAACAUGUACUGCAAAGAAGACAACAUCAUAGAACUCAUAUGAGCAAGUGGGCAGGGGUGGUGACUUGGAAAUUAUUUUAUUCACUUUAAAAACUAUUUUCGUUUAGAAAGUUUUACAUCAGAACAAGAUUAGUAAAUAUGGUGAAAUGCAACAUGGUAUUUUCUGCUUUCCAGUCAGAAAUAUUAACAAUCAUAUUUUAUAUGUAUUCAACUUAAGCAUGCCUUUAACCAGAUUUAAACAGCUUGGAUGCUCUGAAGAAUCGUAAUAUGAAUUAAGAUCAAUUUCUGAUGCGCCAUAACUUCCGCCUGGUUCUUGUUUGUCGGUUCUGUUGUUUUGUUCCCCACUCUUUGGUGGUCUGAAGGAUAUGCCUGCCACACCCAGCUCCUUUCGGGGCACCACCAUCCUGUAAUCUGAGUUACCUUUUAAUUAGUUGCUUCUCAGUUUGCUUCAUAUGAUCUUGUUGAAACCAAUUUCAAAAAUGGAAACUAUGUAUUCUUGUCUUUAGAGUCUUCAGUUUUAGGAGAAAAUUUCAGCCCUCUUUUAGUCAAUAAAGAUGAAUGAAUCCUAUGUUCUCCUUUUCAAAAAUUCUGAAGUAAAAACAUGUCUAGGAAAUUAGUAAUGUAAAUUAAUAUAUUUAUUUUACUCUGUUGUAACUGUGUAUGUUAUAAAUGAAUUCAAAUAGAUGUUCAAAAAGGAAUUGAAGUCAGACAGAGGGGGAGGUCGUUGGGGUCAGUGCUUUUGUUAGGUAGGCCAUAUUAGGGAUCGAAAUAGGCUUUUGAGGGGCUCACUUAACAUAAUUCCCAGAGAAAAGGAAAAGAGUUGGUGUUCUGGGUGUUCUUGGGGGUGGGGGGAGGAAGGAAAAUAACACUGCCUUGUCCCAUGAUAUCAAGUCUUGCCAGCCUGAAGCAGGGUCUGUCUUAAUUCCAUCUUCAUUCAGUUGGAUCACAGAUGGACAUUUGAAGAAAAGAAGAUUUAGGGGAUAGAGACAUGGUUGUCUUUUCUUUAAACACUUGAAAAUGGUAUUAGGAUUACUCUGUAGCUAGAGGACAGAACUAGGGCUAAGGUAAAUCACAAGAUUUUGGGUUUCUUUUUUUUUUCUGAUUUAGUGUUAAAAUUCCUUUGGUGGUAAAACUGAACUGACAGGAAGCUUUUUUCCCAGAGUGUGACUCAAUUUUGCCGAGAAACAUUAGAAUGUUUGGUUUCUGGAUGUUUGCCUUGAACCCCUCUGGAAGAGUUUUAAGGUUCAUGUACAGUAUUAAUUUCCUAAAAUCCUUAGAAUCCUGGUCCCUGGGUAUGUAAAAAGGGACUUGUGCCUGAAAAGGAUGACAUGCUCAUCAGAUGAGGGGUAGGACUACCUCCCAGCAUGAAAGAGUGAUUCUACUUCUACUGUUUGGCAGGAAGGAAUUGCUUCUUUCUGGCACUGCAGAGAAUUCUGUAAAAUUGAAAUGGCUUACAAAAGCUCCUGAGAAAGUUAGAGCAAUUUCUUCAAGAAUGACAUACUUAUGUUUAAUAGUUGUUUUAAAAAAGAUUUUUUAUUGAUUUUUUAGAGAGAGAGGAAGGGAGAGGGAGAGAGAGAAACAUCGAUGUGAGAGUGGAACAUCCAUGGGCUGCCUGCAGCACAUCCCCCACCGGGCAUCCAUCCCCCAGCCCGGGCAUGUACCCUGACUGGGAAUCGAACUGGCAACCUUUUGAGCCCAACCAACUGAGCCAUACCUGCUAGGACUGUUUAACAGUUUUGAUACAUUUAAACUGACAUUAGUAAAGAUACUAGGUUAUAUUAAAACUUUAUUUAAAGAAGAACAGAAGCACAUGGUCUAUAGAUAAUAAAUUCUUUGUGGCACUUGGGAGUUUUCACUGGAACAUUUAUAAAGUUUGCAAAAUGAUAAAACUGCUACUAUAAAUUAUAGAUAGAAGUAGAUAUCUUCUGAUAACUGUUAGUAGCCAGUACCAUCUAUAAUAGAGAAAAACCGGAUUAAAAUUUUAGCUUAAAACAUUUCUGGAGUAGUAUCUGUUCCUAUAUUACUAGGCAAUAUUGCUUAUGUAUUUGCUUUUUUUAUAUUUGAGAUAUAAAGAAUAUUUUUGUUUUUUAGAGACAUUUAGUAAAAUAGUAAUAAUAGAUACCAUUUGUCAGAUCUAUAUUAUAUCACUUAAUCUUCACAACAGUCCUGUGAAGUUAGGCAGUAUUCCCAUUUCACAGAUGAAAGUGGUAUUUAGAAGGGGUGCCCCAAGGUUUACUCAGUAAGGGACAGAACUAGGAUUUGAAUCCUGGUUCCAAAACUUACUGUCUACUGUAUUUCUUGCUAAGGUUAUGAAGCUUGUAUGAUGUUACUUUAGGUGUGUGGUUUGGAAGAUUAUAUAUUACUUAAUAGUAAUAUUACCCAUAUGUAAUACAGUUAUGGUUUGUGACUUGAAAUUAAAGGCCACGUCUGAUUUGGCUAGCAUUGUUGAAAUGGUUUGCAUAAUUUGUCCCAAAGACAAUUUAUUUGAUAAUAUCUUAACCUAAGGAUAAGUAGUGUUUGUCUUGCCAGCAGGUAUUCUUGAGAUGUGAAAGCUUUCUAAACUCAAAUAGAAGCAUAUGCUAAACUUACAUAAGAUCACAACUAUCUAAAAAUCGAAAUAUUUGGUAGCUAAAGGGGGCACUUGAAACUCUAACCACUUUCAGGGGCUAAAUGCUACUCUGUCUUACAGUAUAAGGACUUAAAGUGAUUGGUAUAUUCUAAAAUAUUUGUGAAGUUUUAAUAAACUGAUUUUAAAAUA